AUGUACAUUUGUAGUAUUAUUUAUAUUAACUCUUGGCUCAGCUGUUGUCGCCAAGAAUCACAACUGAACGCCGGGCACAUAGCAAACCGGCUGGUGGUCAAAUGGGUUUGGGCGACGUUCAUCGCUCUUUCCGCGCCGGAAGCAUUCUGUUUCAUUCGUUCGCUACAUCGAACUCUUCUUUCAAAUAAUUCUCCUAGAAAGCCGUCCCGUUAUGUAGUCUGUCUCACACCUGAAUUAGCUCCCCGUAAAGAAGUGGUGUUUUUUAUUGAGACACUUCAUGCGAUCGGUGUAGGGAUUCUUGUGUUUCGGAUAUUCCCCGAUCUAGAUGCCGUCACAGGGUCUGAGUUCAUACCCAGUCUUGAAAAGCACUCCGUGGCCAUCCCAUGGUGUUUGGCAUUCAUCUCAUUGGCUUGGUGGCAGAAUUUCGUUCAUGACGACUCCGUUUUCCCACCUGUUCGAGCCCUGGCCAGAUUCGCUUCUCGACUGUCGGAAAGGCGAUUCAAAAACCUAUGCAGUGGUUUCGCUCUGGAAGAUCUGCAUUUAUCUACUUUGUAUGAUCACCUUCAUGUCGUCACGCUAAACGACCUGCUACAACGAGAUCCAUUCGGCGAGAAAUUGAUCACCAUCACCGGACACAAUCUUAACCAAACACAAAUCGAUAAAUUCCUCGCCAGAAUGAGCAAAUACGGAGGAGCUGAUUACGAUGAUCUGCCUUCCGGUCCAACGACAAGAAAACCUGUCAUAAUCUCUGAGAUUUACGACACUUACGUUGAACUGAAUCAAUUCACCUCGCCGUACGAUGCCCUCUGGAUCGCCCUUGUCCAAGUGUCCGCCGUUUUUCUCUGCUAUCAUAGCAGCAAAUUUGCUUGCAAGGUGAUGAUGCAACGACUGGGUUUCGCCCUACCAAUGGCGUUGGCAGUACCGACCACUGUGUUCGUACUAUCAACUACCUGUACAUUUCGAUCGGCUGAUUCCUGUCAUAUGACCAACACUCUCACAAAGGUACCAUUUUCGAGAUUAAUAUCGUUCUCUUAUAUGUACAAUAGAUGCAAACAUGCACUCGCACUCAUUGGGUUC